AUGCCUGCCAUCGAGGAUUCGGAAGAACUUUUAUGCUCAUGCGAUAGUAUUUAAUACACAGAUCGUUCUUGUUCAGAAGCUUGUCGACUGCACCGCGAAGAUUGAGGUUGACUUCGACAACGGUACUUGAACGCAUCAGCAUCACCAUUAGACUUCAUCUAAGAUCGAAAGUUCUUUCUUUAGAUGCCAAGAGUGUGAUGUAUUUACUCGAGGCGCUCUCUUCUAUGAUUGCCCCCUCUAACCUGACAAGCUUCACAGCAGGGUUCGGUAUCAAACGUGAACAACAGCGUAGAGGCCGCGGAGCAGAUACUGCCUAGGCAAGAGGGGAUGUUGCACUUCUUGCUCGGUAGGACGUACGAGCAAAAAGAAGAGUGGAUGGGUAGUUUCUUUGAACUGCGAAUGGCUAUCCCGUUCUUCGCGGAUGACGAAGCCAUGCUUCAGGAAAUCGAGAAACGAGGAAGGAAGGUUAAGGCUCAACAAGGUGUUCCUUUAGCGAGAAAUUUAGAAGACUUGAGUUGUGCGGAGAUUGCCUAACACACUGAGCCUGGUACUCUUUUUAGUUAGGCUAUCGCGUGAUAGUUCGGCAUGGAAUAUUGCACUUUGGAAAGAAUCUCUAAGAAUAUCGCAGCAAACAUCCGGGACACGCAUAAGGUGAUUAACGUGCUUUUGGAGGACAUUGAUGUAGUGAAGGAGCGACGCGAGAACCCUGAGCCACCACAAGAGAUGGGCGUCGCUUAG